AUGGGGGUUCUGCCUCUCUUUGCUCUCUUCUCCUCCGCUCUAGCUCAGAGUAUACCAGGUGCAAGCUACUUCACUGGUGGUGGUGUCCCUGGCUCUGGAGCAUACCAGCUGGUUGAUGACUACCAGCCCAGUGUAUACGUAAAUGAGACCGUCGCCAACAGAAAUGGCUACACGACAACAGAUGACGACAGCAUCACGAUCAGCGUCGACACCACGAACAAAUGGCCGAGAGGUGGCCCUGGAAGACCCGCCGUUAGACUCAUCAGUGACAACACCUACACUCAUGGCCUCUUCAUUCUGGACCUCAAUCAUAUGCCCUUUGGUUGUGGAACAUGGCCAGCUUUCUGGCUUCUUGGACCGGACUGGCCACGCAAUGGUGAAAUAGUAUCGUUAGAUAUCAUUGAGGGUGUACACACCAGUACUACGAACACCAUAUCCAUGCACACAGACUCGAAUUGUACAAUCGCUGGGUCAGGACAGACCGGGUUGUUCACAAGCUCCAACUGCGAUCAUGCGGCGAACGACAACUCUGGAUGUGGGAGUGUGGCAAACAACACUGCUACUCCUAACAACUAUGGUAAAGCACUUAGUGACAAUAACGGCGGUGUUUACAUUACCGAAUGGACUUCAGCAUAUGUUCGUGUUUGGUUCUUCCCUCGCAACAAUAUACCUUCAAGCUCUUGCAACAUUGAUUCCCAUUUCGCCAAUCACAGCAUCAUCAUCAAUACUGAUUUCUGUGGUGCUUGGGCCGGGUUCACGUAUUCGAACUACAAAGAAUGUCCAUUGACGACUGGCUUGAAUGGCUAUGAUUCUUGUGUCGACUAUGUUGGCAAUAACCCACAGGCUUUCUUGGACGCCUAUUGGGAAAUUAAUUCGCUCAAACACGGCGCCACUGACAUCCUCUUCGCCUAUCAGUGCCAGUAA